UUCCGGAGCAUUCCGUUCCCGAUGUUUCUCCCGCAGGAGUUCCUGCGUGCGGAGCCCCCGGAGCCGCCGCGGACGCGGCUGCGGCAGCGAGCGCUGAGCGCCUGCGCACACCUGGUCGCCCUGGAGCCGCCGCUGGGCGAGGCGGAGCGCUGGGAGCUGCUGGCCACGGCGCUGGCCUCGGUGCUGGGGGUGCCCCCGCUGGAGCCCCCCAAAACCCGGGAGCCGCCCCCGGCCCAGGAUUUCCCCCCGGACCUGCUGGAGGACGCUGUGGGGGCUCUGCAGGAGCUGCUCCAGGAGCUGCUGCGGCGGCGCCGCGGCCCCAGCGGCCUCCAGGAGCUCUUUGCCCACUUAGGGCCCUGGAUCCGCUCCCCGCGGGCUCCGGAGCGGCAGCGCGCCCUCGGCCUCGGCCGCGCCCUGCUGGGAAACUUCCUCCAGGAGCUGCGCGUCUGCUCCCUGACCCCGUUCCCGGCCCUGGCUCCCCUCUCCGUUUUGGGCAGGAGGAUCCCCCCGGAGCAGCUGCUGGAGCUGCUGCUGGCGCUGCUGGAGGCCUGGGAGGAUCCCGAGCAGAAUUGCGCCCGCGCCGCCGCCGCCAUCGGCAGCGCCCUCAUCCGGGAGAGGGGCGCCCUGCUCCACGAGAAGGUUGCGGAGCUGCUGGCGGCGCUGCGGGCGCGGCUGCAGCGGCUGCAGGCGCUGCCGCAGGAGGAGGCGCAGGCGCUGCGGCGCGCGGCGCAGAGCGCGGUGCUGCUGCUGGCCCUGCAGCACCCCCAGGCCGUGGUGGGCUGCCUGCUGGGCAGCCCCCUGCCCUUCGACGGGCCGACGCGCGCGCUGUGGCGGGCGCUGGGCUCGGAGCGUUCCCUGGCGCCGCAGCUGCUGGAGCAGCUCCUGGAGCGCCUGGGCCGCGAGGUUCCCUUCAAGGAGAGCAAAGCCUUCCUGCUGGGCGGCGCCGCCGAGCGCGUGGCCACCCCGCUGCCCCUGGCCGCCACGUGCGCGCUGGCUGAGCUGAUGGCGGUGCCGGAGGCGGCGGCCGCGGUGCAGGAGCGAUUCCCGCGGCUCUUCCCGGGGCUGCUGCUGCGCCUGGGCUGCGCCCUGGGCGUGCGGCUGCCCAAAGCCCUGCAGGGCCGGGAGCGGGACGGCCUGCAGCCCUGCAGGUGGGAAAGGGGGGAAUUCUGUGGGAAAGGUGGGAAUUCUGUGUGGGGAAUGUGGGAAUUCCAUGGGGAAAAGUGGGUAAAUGUGGGAAUUCCAUGUGGGAAUUGCCUGGGCUGCGCCCUGGGCGUGCGGCUCCCGAAAUCCCUGCAGGGCCGGGAGCGGGACGGCCUGCAGCCCUGCAGCGGUGCCGUGCAGACGCUGAAGGCGAUGCUGGCGCGGGCCGGGAACGACGACGUCGUGCAGGACGUGGGAAGCGCCGGGGGCUGGGAACUGAUGGAAAUUCCCGAGAGACACCACGACGGAGUCGCCCUCCUGGCCAGGGCCAUGGCGCGGCUCUGCGGGCCCCGGCUGCCGCCGAUCGUCCGGAGCCUCAUCCCGGCGCUGGGAAGCGCCUUGGACUGCCAGAGGGUGACCAGCAGCGCCUUCCUGGCCGAGCUCCUGAACCACAACGUGGUGAACGACCUGGUGCUGCUGGAGCCGCUGCUGGACGCGCUGACGGCUCUGGAGAAGGAUUCCUGCCUCCUGGUGCGCGUCCUGGCGCUCCGCGGGCUCGGCAACGCCGCCGCCGGGUCCCCGGAAAAGAUCCGGAGGCACGGCUCGCAGCUGCUGGCCUCCAUGGUGAACGGCAUGGACGACAAGGACGAUCCCAACAAUCUGCUGGCGCUGGAGGCCAUGUCCAGCCUCUCCAAGAUCCUGGAUCACCUGGAGGAGCGGGACGUGCAAUCCAUGCUGCUCCACGUCGCCAUCCGCAUCCGGCCCUUCUUCGACAGCGUGAGGAGCCAGCCCGCAAUUCCCGGGCUUGGGAAUGGGGUUGGGGCCGGGUGGGGGCGUCUCCAGGGGUCCGUCCCGUGGGGAUUCCCGAUCCCGGAUUUCUCCCUUGGGCUGGGAUUUCUGCUGGAUCCUCAUCCGUGCUGGGCUGAGGGUCCCACUGGGAUUGCUCCCUCCUGGGGCUCUAUCCGGAGGCACGGCUCGCAGCUGCUGGCCUCCAUGGUGAACGGCAUGGACGACAAGGACGAUCCCAACAAUCUGCUGGCGCUGGAGGCCAUGUCCAGCCUCUCCAAGAUCCUGGAUCACCUGGAGGAGCGGGACGUGCAGUCCAUGCUGCUCCACGUCGCCAUCCGCAUCCGGCCCUUCUUCGACAGCAGGAUGGGAUUUUGGGAUCCCAGGAUGAGGAUUGUUGGGAUAUUGGGAUGUUGGGAUGUGCAGGGGCUGCACUACGGGGAGUUCAUCAACAACGUCUGCAAGUUCCUGAUGCGCAGCCACCCGGCGCUGCUGAGCCGCCUCAUCUCCACCAACCUCUUCUACUUCAAGAGCCCCUGGCGGGAGCUGCGGGCGGCGGCGGCCAUGUUCAUCGGGUUCCUGGUGCUGCACAUGGACGAGGAGCAGGGCCAGCAGGUGGACCUGGACCAGCUCAUCUCCGCCCUGAAGCCGCUGCUGAAGGAUCCCGUUCCGGCCGUGCGGGUCAAGGUGGCCGAGACCCUGGGACGCCUCGUCCGCCUCCUCUGAAUCCCAGAAUUCCCAAAAUUCCCGGGAAUUCCCAGCUCCAGGACCCUGGGACGCCUCGUCCGCCUCCUCUGAAUCCCACAAUUCCCGAAAUUCCUGGGAAUUCCCAGCUCCGAGACCCUGGGACCCCUCAUCUGCCUCUGAAUCCAGGAAUUCCUGAAAUUCCUGUAAAUUCCUGGCGCAAAGACCCCAGGAUGCCUCAUCCGCCUCCUCUGAAUCCCAAAAUUCCCGAAAUUCCCAGGAAUUCCCAGCUCCGGGACCCUGGAACACCUCGUCCGCCUCCUCUGAAUCCCAAAAAUUCCCAAAAUUCCUGGGAGUUCCCAGCUCCGAGACCCCGGGACGCCUCAUCCAGCUGUGAAUCCCAAAAUUCCCAAAAUUCCUGGCAUUUCCCAGCUCCAAGACCCUGGGAUGCCUCGUCCACCUCUGAAUCCCAAAAUUCCCAAAAUUCCUGGGAAUUCCCAGCUCUGGGACGCCUCAUCUGCCUCCUCUGAAUCCCAAAAUUCCCGGGAAUUCCCAGCUCUGCUCAGCAAUACCCCGGGGGAUCCCAAUCCAUGGGAAAAGUCUUCCAUCACCUCCAUCCUCGGGAACGCCGGCGCCUUCCCAGACACGGGGACAAAAAAAGUGGGAAAGCGGCCGGAAUUCGGGAUGGGAUCCGGAGGGAGCCCCAUCCCCCCCCGGUGAUCCGGGAUCCGUUCCCACCCCCCCACUGCUGCUUCCCGGUGGGUGACGGGAUCCAUUCCCUAAAUUCCCCCCCGGAAUUCCCCCUGUACAGAGACCUCUUUUUAAAUAAAGCUUUGG